AUGGGCAUGGUGGAGGCGACGACGUCGGAGCUGCGCCUGGAGGCCCCCAAUUCGUACACGUACCUCCUGGCGACCGUCAGCCUGACGCUCACUUUCAUCGUGAUGCUGGGCGCUUGUCUCUGCUGCAAGAAGCGCAUCCCCAAAAAUGACAUGAUGGGCCCAGAAGGCAUGGUCAAGCUGAAGAACCCCGACGAGGUCAUUGUGGUCACCAAUCUGGUGGGCAACAGCGAGUCCCAGGCGGAGCUGAAUGCCUCCACAGUAUCCACUGCAGACUCCGAAAAGCGGUCAAGCACUGCAGCGCAUCGCAGUUUGCCGGACAUUCCCGUGGCCGAGAGCAAUGAUAAUGGCUCCGAACUAUACGAAACCGUGGCGGACAAGCAGCUGGUCGAUGCCCGCAAUGCCCGCAGCCAAAGUCCCCAGCCAAGCAUGAAAAAACAGACCAGCGUGUCGCAGCACAGCUCCAUCAGCCAGGCGGAUGAUGUCAGUUCACCGUACUCACGUGUUAAGGGUCUGCCGCACGACUAUGCCAAGGUGCGGGGCACCGAGCAUCCCUAUGCCCAGCUGAAUGCCCCAUCUACGUCGCAUGCGGCCAACCAUGGAUCUGCAGCAGCUGCUGCGGCGGCUGCAGUGGUGGCAGGGUCCUCCAGCGAUGGCAUCGAUCCCAUGCACCGCAGCUCCCAGCAUAGCGAGGGCUCAAGGGAGCACAAUGACUCGGCGCCAGCACAGGCUGAGAUUCCCGCAGCCUCUGCGAUCGCAGGCAUGAUUUCGGCCAGUCAAGAUCUGCCCUACAUGACGCCGCCCAUCGCCAACCAGCAUUUUAGCGGCGACUCGCAGGAUUCAUCGAAGGGAUACACAAGCAUUAGUGUGAGGGAACCGCUGGCCAACAUUCUGGCGCAACAACCACCGGGGAAACCGUCGAAUAGGAACCCAACUUUAUCGCGGGAUGUGAACGACUCCCACUACGCCACAGUAUCAGACGAUUCUGAUGAAACGUAUGCGGCAAUUGAGGAUCCCAAUAAUCGCCACCAGGCCAAUGCCGCUGAUAUUUACACAAGCGGUUCCGAGACAUACGCACAAAUCCAGCCAAUGCAGGCCAAUCCCAUAGUGGUGGCCGUCGAAAUCAAUAACAGCAGCAGUAUUUCGACUGCUAGUGCGUCCGCCACCAUGGUCGGAGGCGGUGCCAGCACCGGAAUACAUAGACCCACCAGCAGCAGCGGUGCCGAUCAUGGCAUGCCUGUUCCACCGCCGGUAGACAGCUUGCGAGCUCAGAUGCACUCGCGACAGGCUUCAUCCUCGUCGAACAACAGCACAUCUGUGUGCAAUCUGGGCUCACCCAAGCCGGAGAAGCGCCAGGCGAACUCGCCUCUGCCACCGACGCCCAAGGCAAGUGUGGGGCAGUCGCACCAUCUGCACGCCGGCAGCAUCAGUAACCUAACUUCUGGCCGGAACUCUGUAAUAUCAGUGAUCGAAGCGAGUGCCGAAGGUCACGAGGUGGAGUCUGGAGAAGCGUCGCCGCAGCGCAAGCACAGCAAGAGUCUCAGUCCAUCCAAGGAAGGCGAGGGCAACAAGAACAUUGAGGGCAUGUACGCCAAGGUCAUGAAAAAGCACAAAUUUUCGCGCAACUCUCCAUCCUCCCAAAACAGCUCGCCCAUCCUGGCCAGAAAGCAGCAGCAGGAUGCCUUGGGUGUCAGUCCGCUGGACAGUGCUGCAGCCUUAUUGGUUGAUGCCCAGAAGGGUCGUGUGCGGAGCAAUAGCUAUUCGGCCAAGGAUCACGGCUACGAAACGAUUCCAGCGGAUGGUCAGGUGAUGCACGAGAACCGAAAGUCGGAUUGCUAUGCAGCUAACAUGUUGCAAAAGGAACGACAACAGGAAGGAGGAGCGAUUGCCCAGCCAGUUACGAUAGCAACAGCAAUUGCGAUCAGCGCCAGCACAAAGCACUACGAAACUAUCCUAAACCAGCCACAGCCGCCGCCACCGACGCCGCCGUCCAACAGCAACAAUGAUCCAGGUUACGAGCAACUGCAACUGCACCCAGUCCCAGCCGGCGAGGAUGAGGCCAAAAAGUCAGACUACGAUCCCAACUACGAGGUGCUCAAGAGUCGUGCCCACUCGGACGACGGCUAUGCCAAGGUGCUAGAAAAGAAGCGCCCGCCUGUCACCGCUGACGCCUCCGGCUACAGCACUAUUCCAGGGGCGGAUGCCAACCAUAACUAUGCCAGCAUUCUGGAGACGAAGGCCGCUGCGGAGACGGACCACUACGCCCGGAUAGCGGAAAACGCGGUGGCGGGAACUCCGGGCAGCGGCAGUAGUCGCCUGACCCUCACAUCACCCAGCUCCACGUCUAAUUCCGUGUCGCUGAACUCUUCAACGGUGGCCACCAGCACACCGCAGUCCUCGCAAUACGAAUCGCUGACGGGAACGGGCAGUGAAACGGAUCCCAACUACGAGUCGGUGUGUUACCUGACCACGGCGGCUAAUACAGCGACCACCACCACGACGACGACGACCAACACAAGCAGUGGGAUGGAGCCGGGCUACGAGCUGCUGCAGGCAGAUCAGGAGUCGGACACGCAGGCGAGCAGUCCGCUGAGUGGGGCAGCCUCCACGCCGAGCGAGCAGUUGCUGGUGGACGACUACUUCCACGUGUAGCCCGCGGUCGGUGGCCAGUGAGCUGGAUCUCCCCUCAUCAGUUUUUUGCUAAGCAAUUAUUCACGCACAUAUCAUCCAUUCGAUGCACAGACCCCACACAUCCACGCUUAAAUCGUUGUUAGGAACGGCACUCGCCAAGCGACAGUCCUAGAUUGCACUACAAUGGGUCACUGACCCACGGGCAGAUCGGGACAGCAGUAAACCCAUCCCAUAAUGGCACAGCUUCAUAUCGGUUUGCCCUUUAGAAUAUAGCGUAGCUUUAGGUUGACUUUUUUGUACAAACUAUUUGUAUGACCGGCUCGACAAUUGCUUCCGGGCGAGGGUGGGUAAUCGCUCUAAGAUCUACUCCAUUAUUAUUAUUCUAUCUCAGUACCAGUGCGUCCUAUUUUAGGUAAAUUGAAUGCAGGGGUCUCACUUGACGCGCCACUAGUUUAAAUUGAUGAGCACACACACCGGCGGUCCGAAGGGGGUUGUGUUUAGGCAAAUGAUAUUUAGAUGGCGGGCAGGAGGACUUACCUACUAUACAUAUAUGUAUAUUAUAUAUAUUUUUAUAUGUUCUGGCGUUUUUGCUGCUUUUUUACUUUACUGAGGUCCGGUAUAGGCUUAGUAUAUACACGUAUUUACACACACAAUACCCACGAGAAAGCAAGCCAAGUAUUUGUAUUGAUAAAUGUUAAAGGAAAACUUCCAAGUAUUCAACCAUCAAUAAACUAAGAUAAAAUGUUCAAUAAAUUAUUGAUGACACAACA